GACCUGACUAUGGCGUGGACUGUUGGGCGUUGUCUCCUCCCGUCUUCUUCGCUGACUGUGAAUAAACAUUUAGUUUCUGUGUUGUCCCUCGGUGAUCUCUUACGUCUACCUUGUAUAUUCUAGUGCUAUGGCUUCCGAAGGCGCUUCUGGUGCCGCUUCGGGCGGCCAGUUGCAAGAAAAGUUGGACCUGUCGAAGGAAACCGACGCCAAAAUAGAACAGGCUCGAACGCUCGUCAACGCGGGACAGUUGCCGGAAGCACUCGCUCUACUAUCCGCGUUGGAAAAACAAUGCCGGGUGGGGAACGACAAUCCUUCUUUGGUCCGUGUCUGCGAAGAAAGCCUCAAGCUGUGCCGGCAAGUCGGCGACGAAGACGCCAUGGUCGACACGAUCCAAAGCCUGGUGACGCGACGCUCACAAAAGACCUCCGCCGUAAAAGCCCUGGUGCAGACGGCCUUGCCAUGGUGCGUCGAAGAACCCUUCGCACCUUUGCCAGUGUCCACCGAUUCCGAAAUUGCCUUUCGGGAUCGUUUGGUCGUCGUCUUGCGGGACGUUACCGACGGAAAGCUCUUUUUGGAACGGGAGCGGGCGCAGUUGACCCGCGCGUUGGCGACCAUUAAGGAACAACAAGGGGAUAUUUCUGAAGCCGCCAACGUGUUGCAAGAUGUACACGUUGAAACUUACGGUUCACUUUCCAAAAAGGAUAAGAUCGAAUUUAUUCUCGAGCAAAUGCGUCUUACGCUGGCCAAGAAAGAUUUUGUCCGGGCUGCCAUUGUUGCAGGAAAAGUAUCAAAGAAAAAUUUGGCGGAAGAGAACAUGAAAACGUACAAGGUCCAAUUUUAUACACUCAUGACAAUUUACCAUCGGCACGAUAAGAACGCUCUCGAUUUGGCCAGAGAUUAUCAUGCUAUUUACUUGACUCCGCAUAUAUUGGCGGACGGUGUCAAAUGGAGGGAAGCCUUGCAAGCGACGGUCGUUUUCUUGGCGCUUAGUCCGUACGACAACGAACAGCAAGAUAUGUUGAAUCGGAUUGCCCUGGAGGAGAACUUGGAAAAACUUCCGGCUUGCAAAAAAACGAUUGAUCUCUUGCUCAAGAAGGAAAUCAUUAAUUACCCAAUGACGCAUCAAGCCGAACUCGAAGCGCUACCGGUAUGUCACGAAGGUGGCGAAGAUCUGGCGGCGCACUGGCACGAAGUUUUUCACCGCCGCAUUAUUCAGCACAAUAUUCGCGUCGUCUCGGUUUACUACAAACGUAUUCACGGUGCCCGUCUCGCACAGCUCUUGCAACUGGAGCCCGCUCGGGUCGAAAAGGAAAUAGCAUCCAUGGUCAGCGAAGGCUCGAUUUACGCCAAGAUCGAUCGCCCCAAAGAUAUUGUUCGCUUUUCACAACCCAAAACGGCGGAAGCGGUUCUUUCGGACUGGGCUUCGGACAUUGAUAAGCUGCUUAAUUUGGUCGAAACAACCACACAUUUGAUUGACAAGGAAAACAUGACGAGUUCGUAGUGAUCUAUUAAGCUUGAAAAGGUUUUACUCCGCC